AUGCCAAAAGGAGACUACAAAUGCAAUAGCAUAAUUAUAAAUGGAAAUAUCUUGAUUUCUGGGCUUCUAAAUGAAAAUCUUUUGUUAUACUCAAUUGAUAUUGACUCUUUCUCAACAAUACCUUAUGAAUUUAGUCGAAAUAGAUGAAAGAUCCUGAUAAAUGUAGAAAGACUAUAUUUGAUUGAAUGCGAUAAUGGAUUAAUCUAUGAAAGCGAAAUUGGAAGUUUCUCGAAUUGGAGACGAAUAGGAAAAUCAAAAAUUAAUUGUAAUCUUGAUCAAGUGUAUUGUUCAUAUAAUAAAGGAGGAAUAUGAAUCUCACUCCCCCCCUUUUAAAAUUGGAACAAAAUAUCGGUAAAAAUUUCCACUUUUUUAGUAAAUUAACCCCCCUUUAAAUUGGAACAAAAUUUAAUUUUAUAAAAAAAAAAUUAUAUAUAAUUUUUAUAUAAAUUAAAUGUUUCUUAUUAACUAAAAUUAAAAAUUUAGUUAUAUCUUACUCUUUUUUAAAGAUAAAAGUAUAAAGAGCAUCUUAUUUAAAUAAAUUUAUUAUCCUUGAUUGUAAAUUUUAAAAAAAAAUUAAUUUUUUUUUUUUAAAAUUUUCAAAAAAAUUUUUGUUUUUUUUGAUAAAAAUGAUAUUUUUUAUUUAAAUAGUUUUGAUAUAAAUUCAAUAGGAAUUCUUUAUAAAAUUUAAAAAAAUUUACUUAUUUCUUACUUUAUUUUAAAAAGAAUAGAGUAUAUAAUAACAUCUUAUUUAAACAAAAUUAGCACUUUGAUCGAUAAAUUUUCUAAAAUUUUUUUUUUUUAUUUUUUUUAUCAAUAAAAAUAAUAAUUUUUUGUGUAAAUAAUUUUGAUACCAAUUAAUAGUGGCGUAUUAACUAAUAAUGAAAAUUUAGUUAUAUCUUGCUUUGUUUUAAAGGAUAAAGAGUAAAUGGCGAUUUAUAAUUGGGCUAGAGAAUAUUAUUAUUUUAAUUUAAAUCAAAAAAUACUUAUUGAUGCUGCUUACUAUAAUAAGCAUAUCGCACUUAAAAGAGUAGGACAAAAGAUUGAAGCAAUAAAAUGCAAUAACCAGGAUUUUAAUCUUGAUCCUUCUUAUCUGGAUGAACGCAAUGUAAAAGAUAUUGCUCUAAGUACUUUAGGAGAAAAUCUAGCGAAAAUUAAUUUCCUUGACGAAGAAAUCAAACUCAAUCCAAGCAAUGCUAGUUUAUACUAUGAUAAAGGCAACGCUUUUUAUCGUUUACAAAGAUAUCAUAGAAGCAAUCGAAUGCUAUGACAAAGCAAUCAAACUCAGAUCCAGAGCAGCUGGUGAUUUAUACAAUAA